CCAGCACCAAACACAUCCUCACCCGCGCCGCAAUGGGCCGCUACAACUUCGCCCCCGCCCGCGUGCACCGCGCCGCCACCGAGCUGCUGCAGGCCGGCCAAAUGAAGACCCCCCCGCCAUGGUACGACGUGCUGGCCACCAUCCCGCCCGCCGAGAUGCUCGUCCGGCCCGUCCAGCGCACCUACAACCACCCGCUGAACAAGUACGCGAAGCGCCCCAGCCGCAUGUUCCAGCCCCAGCGCCUUGCCUACGAGGAGGACACCCUGCGUCGCGAAUUCUUCAAGGACCACCCAUGGGAGCUGGCGCGGCCGCGCGUGAUUCUCGAAAACGACGGCAAGGACGGCCAGGACUGGGACUGGAGCAAGAUUGUGCAGCCGGGCAAGAAGCUGGACGGUGAGAGUGUUGUCCAACGCCAGCGCUGGCUUAUGCACAACCAGGGUCUCUCCAAGGCCUCCGCCUACGACCAGGCCCGCAAGGAGUUCUACCGUCACCGUCACAUGGAGGACAUUGAGCGCCGCAUUGCGCACGAGGAAGCCCUCCACACCGGCGCCUACUUCAGCAAGUCGCCUCUGGAAGUGGGUAUGGAGCUGGAAGACAAGCAGUUCGAGGAGUGGAAGAAGUGGGCCCUCAAGGAGGUUGAUGUGCUGCGCCAGGCCCAGGCCGCCAUGUACAGCGGUAUCGAUAAUGGAGAAGUCUCCCUGGACACCAAUGAUAAUGUGGCGUUGGACGAGGCACUCUCGGAGGCUUCCGAUAGCGUCCCGGCUUCGAAACAGGGUCAAACGGCGCGUGGUGGAGCGGCGAUACACCCAUGAUAGAGAGGGGUUUGUAUAGAGUUUUUGUAUGUAUAUGUCACCAUAACCAAGUGCUGGAUGAUGCUGCUGAUUUGCUGUGUAUACCUAUUCGAAUCUUUUCGGUGCG